AUGGAAAAUAAUAAAACUGAAAGGGGUAAAAAAGAAAAAUACAAGAGCUUUAAAAAGAACGUGAGAGAAACAGAGAGAGAAAGAAAGGAGAACGGGCCAAGGCGUGCUUCUCUCUGUGAAUUGAUCAGAGAAAAGAAUUUAGAUCAGCUUUUCUUCUUCAAGGUACUGUUUUCGGAUUCUCUGGCUAUUGAUCCGUCCUGA